AACCAAAGCAUUUCCACCUUUGCGGAAAGGAGAAAUAUGUCAGUCACACCAAACAAAUGAGAAAAUGGAGUGAAUAAAUCCAACGUGGAAUAAAAGAUCUCGCAUGGAGCCCACCUGUUCUCCGCCAUGCACCCUCUGCUCUACUACUAUUAUAUAAACUCACACAACCCUUCUCCAAAUCACCAACAACACAAACAUAACAUUAGCUCCUCAUCAACAAAAUCUCGAUCAAACCACCGCCUAUAUUACCAUCUUAUUCCGACCUAAAAUGGAGGCAAUCAAUAGGCUAACGGCCGACAAACCGGUGGUGAUAUUCAGCAAGAGCACUUGUUGCAUCUCCCACACCAUCAAGACACUCAUCUGUAGCUUCGGAGCAAACCCCACAGUUUACGAGCUUGAUCAGCUGCCCAAUGGACAGCAGCUGGAGAGCGCACUCACAACCCCAUCCGGGCGGAGGACCACCUUCCCUGCAGUCUUCAUCGACCAAAAACUUGUAGGCGGUGCCAACGAGGUCAUGAGCCUUCAUGUCAAGGGAGAGCUGGUCCCACUGCUCAAAAAGGCUAGAGCUAUCUGGGUAUAGUCACAUUUUCAUCACCACAAAUCUCUGUGUAUGAGAGAGAGAGAGAGAGAGAACACUCUUUAUGGAUCAGCUUUCAUCACUUAUUUUCCAUGUAAUCUUCUUUUGUAUCACUUCCCCCAUAAGUAUAUAUGGUAUUCUAACUUCUAUGAUAGAUUUUGGUUCACUAAUAUGCAUGCAAUGUGUAUUACCUGAAAAUAAAUAUUACUCCUAAUAAUAUGGCCACCAAUAAAUUUUAGCAAUUUGUAUGCUGUCAACUUCAGAUGGCUCAUUUUCUCUUCCAGAAAAAAAUAGAUAAAUAGUAGUAAUAAAUAAGUUUUUAUUAUACCCUCAUUUCCUUUUGUCAGGACUAACAACAAAACCCAAUUGGAAACCAGUUGAGCAAGAAUCCUGAGCCACACAGAAAGAUGAGGUGGUGCAACUUCUGUUCCUAGUCUGAAUUCUGAAUCCCAAAUUCAAACCAGAAAACAGAUUUUCUCCCUCCUCUCUCAUGGCUGCACCAACAACAACCCCUUCCUGCUUUAUUCUCACUUUCACCUCAAUCUUCUCAUCACUCAAUCUUCUUACCUUUUGAUGAGUAAAACUGAGCUGAUGCUUCCAAGUUUUGGCUAAACAGGUUUCUGGGAA